CCCUCCUCUCUCUUUGUAAAAAAAGAAAAAAGAAAAUUGACCGAGCGCACGUACUCGUCUUUCUUCCUCUCGACAGACGGCCGCGUUCUCGCCCCCGUCUCCAGUCUCCGGUCUCCCAACCGACGAGAUGGCCGAGAUUGAGAUAAAGACAGCUCCUGCUGACUUCCGCUUUCCUACAACGAACCAAACUAGGCAUUGUUUUACACGCUAUGUUGAAUACCACAGAUGUGUGAAUGCCAAAGGGGAGGCUGCUACUGACUGUGAGAAAUUUGCCAAAUACUACCGCUCUCUUUGCCCAGGAGAAUGGGUCGAAAAGUGGAACGAGCAGAGGGAGAAUGGGACAUUUGCAGGGCCCCUCUAAAUCUUCUGUUUGAGAGCCACCUUGGUCCACCCUACAGCUUUCAUCAAUUGUGCUGUUCUUUUCUGAUUUGAAUAUUUGAAUCUAUGCUAUUCUCUUGUUUCCCCCAAGCAGUCGCUGCAAAACAGCAGGUGAUGCUGUUCUUUGUGUUGCACUAAUAAUUUCAAGCACUGUCAGGCCCUGUUUGUUUUUUA